AUGAGUUCCACGCGCGCAAACGGAGGGGCUCCCGCGCUCCCCGAUAACCCUGCAAACGAGGACCUCAGGCCCAGUGACGUUAACCGCUUGCUUCUGGAAUUCUUCAUGUACAUGGGAAAAGCCAUUCUGAUUUUUUACCCCGUGUACCUUAUUGGCUCUCUUGGAAUGAGUAUUAGCUGGAUUCUGCUCAGUCUGGUGAUAUGGAGUUUGUGGGAGCAAAACCGCAAGCACAAGGACAUACGGAUAGACACAGCUAUUGACUUUUUGGAAAAUGAGUCCUGUGUAAUUAAAACUGAAUUGAAAACACUAAAUAUGCCAGCUUGGAUUAACUUCAGUGAUGUAGAGAAAGCUGCCUGGAUGAACAAGAUCCUUCAUCAGGCAUGGCCAUUCUUCGACAUGUAUAUGGAAAAGCUCCUUAAAGACAGCAUCCAGGCUACCAUUCGAAGCUCCAGUGUUCACCUCAAGACCUUCACCUUUACUAAGGUCCACUUUGGUCAGAAGGCUCCAACAAUUUCAGGAAUACGAGUAUACACAUAUGAAACUGACAAGAGGGAAGUUAUUCUGGACCUCAACAUUGUUUACGUGGGAGAUCUGGACAUUCAAGCAAAUGUAAAGCCACAUGUCUCUGCAGGAGUCAAAGAGAUUCAGCUUCAGGGGAUGCUCCGUGUGAUUCUCGAACCGCUGAUUGGUCAGGCGCCACUUGUGGGAGGGAUCACUAUGUUUUUCAUCCGCCGCCCUACCUUUCACAUAAAUUGGACUGGGGUGACUAAUCUUCUUGACAGUCCAACACUACGUCCCUUUUCCGAGUCAGCCAUCUUGGAUGUCAUUGCUUCUCUUAUGGUCCUGCCCAACCGCAUGUGCUUCCCACUGAUAGACCAAGUCAAGGUGGAUCAGAUGAGGUUUCCUCUUCCCCGCGGUGUGGUGCGUGUUCACGCAAUUGAGGCCCAGGAUCUAGUUGCCAUGGAUACAGUGAUGAUGGGUCUAGUGAAGGGGAAGUCUGAUCCCUAUGUAGUUUUAAGGGUGGGCAACAAGCGCUUCCAAACAAAGACCAUUAAAGAGACCCUGAGCCCCCGCUGGAAUGAGGUAUAUGAGUUCGUGAUUCAUGAGGCGCCUGGGCAAGAGCUUGAAGUGGAGCUGUAUGAUGAGGACAAAGACAAGGAUGACUUUAUGGGCAGGUUUAAUCUGGAUUUUGGAGAGGUGAAGAAGGAAAAAGAGAUAGAUAAGUGGUUCACCCUGCAGGAUAUUGAGAGUGGAAGAGUGCAUAUGAAACUGCAGUGGCUCUCUCUGCAGACUGAUCUGGACCUACUAAGACAGACAUUUCAGACCACCGAUGGCUGUGCUUGUGCCAUGCUUGCUGUGUAUUUGGACAGUGCCUCUAACUUGCCUAAAGACCAGACUGAAUUUAGCCAGCCUGAUAAACACGGAAAGCAACCCAAAGAGUUGAAGCUCACGCGAAAGCAGAACAACCCCAACUCUUACGUGAAGUUAUCAAUAGACCAGCAAAGCCAGAAAAGCAAGGUUGUGUAUGCCUCCAGAGAUCCUGUUUUUGAGGAGUACUUCACCUUCUUUGUGCAUAAUGUGGAAAGCCAGGUGCUUAGCAUCCAGGUGAUGGUGGCCGAGAAGAAGACAUUACUGGGUACGCUCACCCUGCCUCUGCUCCGCCUGCUCAAUGCCUCAGACCUGACCCUGGACAAUCGCUUCCCACUGGAGCGCUCUGGAGCCAACAGCCAGCUCAAGAUUAAGGCCAUUCUCAGGGCCCUGAAGCUGGAGAAGCCCCAGCCUAAGGCACCCAACCCUCCAGCUCAGCCUCGACGUGGCAAAGCCCCCCAAGCCAAACACCCUGAGUCCCAGCAGACCCAGUCCCAGCCUUCCCACCCUGCCCCUCAGUCAUCCCAACCUGAGGGGAGAGAGCAGACUCCCAGGCCUGUGCCUGCCGUGGUAAACCAAACCUCUGCCAACCCGCAAACUAGCUCUUCCUCCAGUGGGCUCCAGACCGAAACCCACUCCCAGCGGCGAGGCUCUCUCCUGCCAUUGGAGGGCCGGCGCUCAGGCCCCUCCACACCGUCUCGCAUGCGCCGCUACGAUUCGCACAGCAUCCUGUCAGAGAACUCCUUAGCCUCUUCACGCUUUGACCUGGCUGAUGGUGUCCCAUACCCAGAAGCCCUUAUGAACCACCAAGGCAGUUUUGGCCAGAUCCAGGUGACACUUCGUUAUGCCAACCUGCGGAACAAGCUUAUUGUGACCAUCAACGGCUGCAGGAAUCUGUUUCCCUGUAGCGAGAAUGGCUCAGACACCUACGUUCGCGUUUACCUGCUGCCAGAACAGACGUGGAAGAGCCGCAUGCGCACACAGGUCAAGAGGAAGACGGUGAACCCUUCAUUUGAGGAGAAGUUUGAGUUUUCAGUGCCAAUGGAGGAAGCCAGGACCAGGAAGUUGGAUGUUUCUGUGAAGAACAAUCGAAUGUUUCACACCAGGGAACGAAAAGAGAUUGGAAUGGUCCUAAUCGAUUUGUCCCAAGUGGAUCUUGUGAAAGGUUCCAUAGACUGGUAUGAGCUCACACUGCCUGGGCUGAAGAAGACUAACUAGAGGAAUGAUGAUCGCAAUGUUACAUGUUUCUACAGAUUUGAACAAAUUAUUUCAUAUUCCACAUACUUUGGUUACAACUUUAUUGCUGCACUGGUUAUAACAGAAGUAUAUCAAGUUUUUCUGAUUAUCCAGGUAGAGGCCAAAAAAACUUUUUUUAAUUUAUUUUUGAGUGGUGGGAGGGUUUGCCUUGAGGUGCACUUCAGGUUGAAUGGCAUGAUUUCUCAGACCGGAAGAAAUCAUUUUUAGUUUUUUUUGUAGUUAAUAUAGAAGUUUGGCUGAAUUGUUUGCCUGUACUCUGUGAAUGGGUUUUAAUGAUUAUUUUCAUGAUAUGUGUUUCAUGACAUCCAAAAGAAAAAUUUAACAUUAAUAUAAAUAAAUAAGCAAAAAUAGUCAAUUUUUAUAAAUAAAUGAGGACCAA